GGGAACAAAGUAGGGCAGGAAACCCGCUUUUUAGACAACUCUUAGAAGUUUGCAUCCACGUCUGUGCUGCGUGAUGUGAAGGGUGGAAAAAGUUUUAUUCCAGCAGUUAAAAAGUUUGGCGCAGUUACUGUGGACAAUGGGACUACCAGCGCUGGAGUUCAGUGACUCCUUUCUGGAUAGCCCAGACUUCAGGGAGCGCCUCAAAUACCAUGAAAUAGAGCUGGAACGGACUAAUAAAUUCAUCAAGGAGCUCAUCAAGGACGGGAACAUGCUGAUCACCGCGCUCAACAGUCUUUCUGCUGCAGUGCAGAAGUUCUCUCAGUCCUUACAGGAGUUCCAGUUUGAGUGCAUAGGUGAUGCUGAAACGGAUGAUGAGGUCAACAUUGCCCAGUCUUUCAAAGAAUUCUCCCAGCUGCUGAACACUGUUGAGGAGGAAAGAAGACGCUUGAUUCAGAAUGCUGAUGAUGUCUUGAUUACUCCUUUGGAAAAAUUUCGUAAGGAGCAAAUCGGAGCAGCAAAGGAGGUAAAGAAGAAAUUCGAUAAGGAGACAGAGAAAUACUACUCUACACUGGAGAAACAUCUCAACCUGUCAUCUAAAAAGAAAGAGGGAUACCUGCAGGAGGCUGAUAUGCAGAUUGACAAGGAGAGACAGCUCUUUUAUGAUACUUCUCUUGAGUAUGUUUUCAAAAUUCAAGAAGUGCAGGAAAAAAAGAAAUUUGAGUUUGUUGAACCGCUCUUGGCCUUUCUUCAGGGUUUGUUUACAUUCUACCAUGAAGGAUAUGAGCUGGCGCAUGAAUUCGAGCCAUACAAACAGCAGCUCCAGUUCAACCUACAGAACACACGGAACAACUUUGUUAGCACCAAGCAAGAAGUGGAGAAGCUGAUGAACAGGAUAAGGACUGCAGAUCAGGACUACAAACCCCCAGGCCAGUGGACCAUGGAAGGCUUCCUGUACGUCCAGGAGAAACGUCCUUUGGGAUGUACAUGGACGCGUCACUACUGCACCUAUGACAAAGGAAGCAAGACCUUCACCAUGAUCAACACGGAAACCAAGUCAGCUGGGAAACAGAAUGGCCUUGUCUUGAAUCAGCCAGAGACUUUCAAGCUCAAGUCCUGCAUUCGGAGGAAAACAGACUCCAUCGACAAGCGUUUCUGCUUUGAUAUCGAAGUGGUGGAAAGAAAUGACAUCUCUCGUGGAACUCUUUUCAGACCGCUUCGGUUUUUCUGUAAAGUCCGGCAUGGCGUUAUGACACUGCAGGCGCUGUCAGAGUCCAAUAGAAGACUGUGGUUGGAAGCCAUGGAUGGCAAGGAGCCGAUUUACAACCUGCCAGCCAUACUGAGCAAAAAAGAGGAAACGUAUCUUAAUGAGGCAGGCUUUAACUUUGUGAAGAAAUGCAUUGACCUGGUCGAGACCAGAGGCAUAAAUACAAUGGGGCUGUAUAGAAUCGGAGGGGUAAACUCCAAAGUGCAGAGGCUGAUGAGCACAGUCUUUUCUUCCAAGGCACCUGUGGAUUUCGAGCUGGAUCCUGAGAUGUGGGACAACAAAACCAUCACCAGCGGUUUGAAGAAUUACCUCAGGUGUCUCUCUGAGCCUCUUAUGACUUUCAAGCUGCACAAAGAUUUCAUCAUGGCUGUCAAGUCCGAUGACCAAAACUACAGAGUGUGUGCUGUCCAUGCUUUGGUACAUAAGCUACCUGAUAAGAACAGGGAAAUGCUGGAGUUACUGAUUAAACACCUUGUCAUAGUUUCUGCACAAAACCAGUUUAACUUGAUGACAGUGUCCAACUUGGGUGUUAUCUUUGGGCCGACGCUGAUGCGGUCGCAGGAGGAGACGGUGGCUGCCAUGAUGAACAUUAAGUUUCAGAACAUUGUGGUGGAAAUACUCAUCGAGAACUUCACCAAGAUCUUUCAACAGCCUCCGGAUCCCAAUGUGCCUCUGCCACAACCGCAGAGCAGGACCGGCUCCCGCAGGAACAGAGCCAUCUGCCUGUCCAAGGGGCCCCGCAAGCCCCGCAGUAUUUAUACCCCAACACUGUGCCUUGCAGAUGCAGAAAGUCCCUGCAUAGGUGACACCUUGAGCAGCAGUCCAAGCAGCACUCCGAUGGGAAGCAUGGAGUCUCUUUCAUCCCAUUCCUCUGAGCAGAAUACCUCCUCCAAAACCGCAUCCUCCAGACCAGGGACAAGCUACAGCAUGGCGGACCUCCUCCGUCUGACGCCCUCGCAGCUCUCCAACGGCCCUAGGACUGCGGGGUGUGUCAGCAGCCCCGAGUCCAGCUCCAGGGAGGAAGGAGGUCGAACAGAUGGAGAAUCAGAGGACACUUUUAGCCUGUCCUCCAUUAGCACAACACCUCAACUGUCUCCUGCACCCAAGAAAGCCCCCCACUGCUUCACUGACCUCAAGCCAGUCCUGCUGAAUCGCAACAUUUCUCCAUCACUGAAAUCCCUGCAAGGAUCUAAUGGCCAGCGGAGCUCCUCUGGAUCUGUUCAAAGUUUGUCAACACUGGAGGCCAAAGAGAGUUUAAAGCCCGGUGAUCACCCAAGCCUUCCACCCAAGCAAGUGAUCCGCCGCAGGACAGACGCCUCGACUAACAACGGCUACCAGAGGCCUGGCUCAGUGGUUGCUGCGAGAGCUCUGCUGUUUGAAAACCCCUCAUCUUCACAGUCCAUCCCAAAUGGAAGGGAUGCCAAGGCUAUGUAUUCCUGUGAAGCAGAGCACAGCAAUGAGCUCAGCUUCCCCCAGGGGGCGCUCUUCUCAAACGUCUACCCUUCUGUUGAACCAGGCUGGCUCCAAGCAACAUACGAGGGAAAAACAGGUUUAAUACCAGAAAAUUAUGUUGUUUACCUGUAACAAAGGAUCAAUUUGCCAUUUUAUUUGUGGUAACCAUGGAUAAAGCUCAUUGUUGUCCACUGUUGUGAUGAUCUUAAUAUGCAGUUCUUGGUCACAGAUUUACAUCUGCUAAAAAAUUGGAAUGAAUCUCUUUUGAAUUCUCAAUUAGCAGUGAUAUAUAUGUGAAGCGUUCUUCUUCCAGGGUGAAUUUUAAAUGCAAUACGCUGUAGGUAAAUUUUAUGUGAAUAUGAAAAUAUGUUAAUCUUGGAUACAUACAUACAUAAAUAAGUAAAAAAAUAAAUCCUUCGAAGAUAGGAAGCAAAGCUAAGGGUUUACAUACAUUGCUUAAGAUGGAGGUCUUCAACAGGGGGUCCACGGAGGUACUGCAUGGGGGGUCCCGAAAGUUUUGGUUGAUUAGACCUUUUAUUUAUAUUGCCCCUGCAUUUUUUCCCCCUACACUGUAGUAAACAGAUAA